GAGGGGCUGGUGUGCCAUGCCAAGCCUCGCUCAAGUGUGUGCUGAUGCUGGCAGUGUGAAGUGUGAAGCUUUGGAUGCUGGUGCUGCCUCCUCAGCCCCUGAAGUUCCAAUUGUGUAUGUCAAGGAGGAGUUAGUGGAAGCCAUGGAGCCAGUUCAUGUGAAGGAAGAGUUAGUGGAAGCCAUGGAGCCAGUUCAUGUGAAGGAGGAGUUAGUGGAAGCCAUGGAGCCAGUUCAUGGGAAGGAGGACUCAUUCAAUUGUGACGAAGAGGUACACGUGAAGUGUGAAGCUUUAGAUGCUGGAAAUGCCCCCUCAGCUCCUGAAGUUCCAAUUGGGAACAUCAAAGAGGAGCUGUUGGAUGCAAUGGAGAUUAUAAGCGUAAAGGAAGAACCAUUCAAUUAUGAUGAAAAG